GUGAAGCACAGCGUUAUAACGACCAAGAUCUACAAAUCAAGCUCGCUAAAACAACCUAAAUGAGCUCUUACUUUGUAAACUCGUUCUCAGGGCGCUACCCAAAUGGCCCCGACUAUCAGUUACUAAAUUAUGGAACUAGCAGCAGCGCUAUGAACGCCUCGUACAGGGACUCCGGCACCAUGCAUUCAGGCUCUUACGGCUACAACUACAAUGGGAUGGACCUAAGCGUCAAUCGUUCAGCCAACGCUGGCCACUUUGGGGCGGUUGGCGACAGCUCUCGGGGCUUUCAGUCUCCAGCCCCGGAGACACGAUUUCGACAGCCUUCAAGCUGCUCGCUUGCGUCCCAAGAACCACUGCCCUGCUCUAACAGCGACAGCCUGGGACCCAAAGGUUCUUCGUCCCCUUCUGACCAAAACGUUUCCGCUGCGACUGGUAACCUCACCAACAGUUCACACUUUACAGAAAUCGACGAAGCCAGCGUUUCAUCGGAAAGCGAAGAAAGCUCCCACAGAGCUGCAAACCAGGUUCCCAGGACACUGCAGAAGCAAGAGACCGCAGCAAGUUCAACCACCUCGGCAGCUACCGAUGGCCAAACACCACAAAUUUUCCCUUGGAUGCGGAAACUUCAUAUUAGCCAUGAUAUGACUGGACCAGACGGGAAAAGGGCCCGAACUGCCUAUACCCGCUAUCAGACGCUAGAGCUGGAAAAAGAGUUCCAUUUCAAUAGAUACCUCACCCGGAGAAGGAGGAUAGAGAUAGCCCACGCGUUAUGCCUCUCAGAACGGCAAAUUAAGAUAUGGUUCCAAAACCGAAGGAUGAAAUGGAAAAAGGACAAUAAACUGAAGAGCAUGAGUCUGGCUACAGGAGGUAGCGCUUUUCAGCCAUAGUGGUAACGCAAUAAGAUGUUGUCAUAUGAGAUCAGGAGAAAACAUCAGACGAAAAUAUGUUUCAAUACAUAAAUAAUCAGUACUGUAAAAAGCGGCAACGUUCGGCAUGCUGUUAGAUGUAUUAGACAACGUAAUUUAACUGUGGUACCGCAAAAAAAAAAAAAAAAGAAGCAGUGUUCUUAUGCUGUUCAUUAAUUCUAUGUCUGUUUCGAGAAAAAGAGAAACAUUAAAAUGCCGCCCGUUGUCUUUAUUAAAAAUAUUGUUUGUGUCAAGUGCUAUGUAAUUGCUGAGAUUUAGCAUGUAAGCUCUUAAAUGUCAUAACUUAUUUACUACCUAUACGUGUACUCCGUUGAGUUUACAGCGGUGCCUCUGCCCAAAUAUGAAAUGAAGCUCUAGUUAAGUAGUGACUAUAUUCAUUUCAAACGUUUUACCCUGUUACAUGGUUCUAUAUGUAUGUUUUUUUAAAGUAAUUGUCUAGAUGAGCUCAUUAGACUUGUAUUGUGUCAGUUUUGUCAUUCUUUUUCAAAAAAGAAAUAAAAUGUGUAAAUAGUCUUAGAUUUCUGUA